AUGAUGCGAGACUCCCGCCGCCGGAGCCUGGAGAGCUCUCGGACCCCGAGUCAGGAUCAGAGGCGAGACUCACGCGAAAACCUCACCUAUAUCCCUCCCCAACCCAUAUACGAGGAUUCACCUUCGAAUCCAUUCACCUACAUGAACAUGAACAUGAACAUGCCUUCAUCCUCGUCCCAGCCUGAUUAUCGCGCUUCACGUCCUACAGCAACCGCCACGGCCACAGUCACGGCGAGGACCCGAAACGGUGACGCAUUCGAUACAGAGCGAGACACACGCAGAGAUGGGGCGAGAGACCGAGACCGAGACCGGGACCGGGACCGAGACCGAGACCGAGCUCAAAAAUGGCGGCCCCAUCAGGGAGAAGAGCGCUCAUCCAGACAAAGGGCUGUCUCUGACAGCUCUAGCUCAAUUUCUUCAAGCUCUGUCGCAUCAUCCCUUCUUGACAUUUCUCGGCAUUAUCCCUCAGACACUCGCUUUGGAGGCGUUCUUGGCACUUUCUGGCGUGCUCCCUCCGAGCGCCGUGCCCGCCGUCGAAGAAGCGGUCGGGCAAAAAAGCGCCGCGUGCUCUACUUUGCCAACUCAUCAUCGUCUUCUGUAAACUCGGACCUCGCCUACGGAAAUGGGUACAUUCCUCGAUCUAGAAGUCGUGAGUUGACUAGAAACCGGACGGCUUCUGGAGGAUACGCAACCCACAGUCUCAGAGACAGUGAUCGAAGGACCCUCAGGGAGUCCGAAAGAAGCACCGCGGCUGACUCCAGCCGCUAUCCCGCCGCCAAGCGGGACAAGACUGAUGCGGAAAUCCUUGCCAUUGGUCGGGAGCUUUCUCACAUGGCGACGCAGCAACAUGAUCACCAUUCAAGAACUUCAGGCAAGAUAAAAGCUUCCGGCUUGGUGGCAGCGGCAGCAGCCGUGAACGAAGUCCGCAAGAAGAGACAAGAAAAUCAGACUCGUGGUACCGGACGCUCUAGGCCCCGCAGAUUCUACUCCGAUUCCAGCGACGACUCGGAUUGGGAAGAUGCUUCCGAUCAUGAUGCUGGGUUUAGUGACGUCGAGUCGGCAUUGGCCUAUGGUUCAGUUGUGUCCCGCACUUUCAAACCCGCCCAGCCAUCCAUGACUACCCCUGCCAUGUCUGGAGCUGCUGGUUUAGUUUUGGGCGAUGGUGUCCCAUUAAUGACCGGACGACCACGUCCUUCUUCCAAGGCGACAGAAAGUCUCCCCGCGAAAAACUACAAAAAGAGUUCAGUCGUCGACCCUAGGCUGUUCGGCCCUCAAAACUCUCUCAGAGGCAUGAUCAGCACACCCUGCGGAUUUGGCCCGGGCCAGCCAAUAGCCGACCAUUAUGAGUUCAAUAGACUGCGCCGCGUUGAAACCGAACCCAUAUACGGGGGUCCACUUCCAAGUGCUCACCAAGUGUCGACAACUUCAGCUCCCGUUAGCUUGCACCCUGGUGCUACACCCCCUCUCGCCUCUCAUACAGACGUUCCCUAUCGGUCCCGACCCUCUCCGAUUCCUAUCCAGCAGCCGAGUCCAAAGGCACCCGUCUCCUCAAAGGUUUAUCAAGCUGAAAAAUUGGAGGAGGAGAGCAAGCGCGACGCGCCUAAGCUUUCACACACGCGAUCCGAUGAACACGGCCUGAGCACAGACGUCAAGCUUGCAGGACUUGCGGCUGCGGCAGCAGCGGCCGUCGCCCUGGCCUCUGACCGUAAAUCAAAGAGAGAGUCUCGGCGAGAGGAGCGUAGGCAGGAACGCAAGGAAGGAGCUCAAAAAAACAAGGAAGGUGUCCAGGAGUCCGGGGAACUCGGGCGCGACGCCCCCGAACACAGGAAGCAACCAGAGGAACCGUCUGCCGCUGAUUCGACAAACAGCAGAGACAGAGAGCGAGACUUGCGACGUCGAGAAAAGGAAGUCGAGUCGGAACUCGGUCGCAAAUCAAAGAGGGACUCAACUCUUUCAAAGUAUGUCGAUGAAAGCGGUCACAAGCGCCACGGAAAACAUGAAGUAAGCGAGACCUCUCAAAAGCGCAGUGACAGAAGUGCAAGCCACCACUACGCUGAAGCGGAGUCAUCUCGCAGAUCGAGGCGCAGAGACGGGGAGAAAGACAAAGACCGUGAUCGCCACUCCAAGAGGGAGCUCUCGAGAUCUUCGCGACGGGAGAGCCGGAAACACGAGGAUGGCGACCAUCAAGGACGCGCACAGGAGCGCGACCUUGAACAGACGACCGAAACGAACAGCUAUAACCCUCCAAAAGCGCCAAUAGAUCCCUUUCAGUUUCUGGUUGCCGAUGGGGCUUUUGAAGCACCACUGGUCUCUGCCGCGACGGAACCAGCUCAACCCCUGACCCCGACUGUCGUGACGGUUGACCGAGAACCCAACUUCAAUGAGGAACCAGCACCGCUGCCUCAGUCCGACAGGCUGAGUCGUAAAGAUUCCUUUGAAAUCGAGCGCAUGACCGAAGGUUUCAACAUGGAAGUACACGAUAGCUCCGGUAAUCAUGGCUACCGCGACGAGGGCCGCCGAGAGCACGAAGCACGAAGCAUUUACAAGGAGACUAUGCGCUCAACUGCCCCAAUCGCAGCAGCAGCCGUAGCGUCCGCCGUAGCUGUGGAAUCAACUCGAUCCAAGGGCUAUCAUCAAGACGACGACCCGUUCCCGGAAAGGUUUAGAACGACGUCCAGGGAUUCUGUUCAGCAAGAAGCGGACCGACGCUACCGAGAAGACGUAGUGGCACGAAAAGUAGCGGAUAAAGCACACAGCUCGCGUGAUGCAUCACCGCAUACAUCCAUCUUCAACAAGUACGAGAACGAAAGCCAGGAUGUCCAUUACACCAUUGUGACCCCUCCCGAAAUGGAAGACACGAAGCUCAAGCUCAAAAAUAGCCCAUAUGCUGCUCCUGAUGCAGAUGUUAGAAUUGACAACAAAUUCUUCCCCCCAGAGCUGCAAAAGUUCCAGAUAACGGAUCAGCCCGGCCCUAUGUUUACUUCACGAGAUCCUUCUUGUGAACGAGAACGCCCGCUAGUAAACAUUGUUUACCCGACCCCUAUACCCAGUCGUCAACCAACGCCAAAUCUGCCACGACAUUCAGCUGAAGUCGGCAAUAGAUCCAAGUUCGAAACCAACGACAGGGACAAGGACUUGGACGAGGAGCAAGAGGGCACGAAAAAUAUGUCCACGUCUAAAGAUUGGGCCACUGAUGACUUCGUUGUUGGAGCCAAGGAAGCUGAGACGAGACCAACUCCCUCUGCUAUCUCUUCCACUGCUAAAUCUGUUACCUGGGGAGAGAACUCUACAAAGAGUUUUGAGGUAGAGAGGCCCUACUCCCGGGAUACCAACGAGUCAUUGAAGGAUGGGAUUGGUUACCAGGACAAGCCUCGUGCUGUCAUCAGCAACACCAGUCAGUGGGGCAUAAUUGCAGCUGCCAUUGCUGGCAACAGCUCUGAGCCCAAAUCUGAGCCCGAUGUUAAAGUUUCAGGGUCCAAGAACACGGAAAGCUCAGAUAAUAGCGUUGGUCAUCGUAACGAGUCUGGUGGAAGCGAUUUCUUGGAUGAUGCAAAAUCCGAGCCGCCUGUUCCGGGUCCCAAGCCUGUCAGACCGACUGCUGACAAGAUGCCAGGUGGCUUUGUCGAGGACAUCGAAUUCGCGGCUACUCUUGCUGCGGGACUCAAGGAUACUGGCUUCGAUCCCAACAUUGUCAUUGACGAUCCAGCAUACCGACGGCGAGACUCGCCUCCCCAUUCUAGUGAGCCAAGUGGAGAUGGCUGGAAUCCUUUGUCAAUCUCGGAUGUGGUGACGGACCUGACGUCCAAGCAAAAGGAUGUGUCCGAGCCAGGUUUUUUCUCCGGGCCUGUCGACGUGAGCAAAGAAGAUCCAAUAGCUUCUACUGAAGAACGGUCCGAGCCGUCAAGAAAACUCAGCAAAAAGGACAAAAAACGGCUACAAAAGGAAGAGAGGCGGAGAUCCAGGGGAGCAUCCGAACCUGUUGCCGAUGAUCCCUCCGUGACUUGUCUGCGAGAAGACGCUCCGGAGAGCCACUUGAGCGAGAUGGAGCGACUCGAGACUGACAAAGAAGCAAGAGGGGAGGAGAGAGCCCCAGAACGUGCUACUGAUGACGGAGGAAUCACUCGCGACGACAGACAUGAGCCUCCUAGCAUCGGCGACAGUGCGGGUGGGGAGGAGAGUGGCAAGCAAAAGUCUAGAAGGAGUCGAAGAAACGGCGAAUCUGAAGACAGUAGUUCCAAAGUCAUUGACCAAGGAGACUCUUUCGACAGCGUGUCGACAAUCCGCAUGGUGAAUCCUGAUGAUGACUGGGACUCGCAAAGGAAGUCGAGGUCGAGAUCAAAUAGGGAUCCUGAAACUUACUCCAGAUCCGCACCGGGCUCUGAGAUUGGCUAUGGCGAGAGCUCUAGCAAGCGCAGCAGCAAAUCCAAGCAUUCAAGAAAAACCGAGUUGGACAACUACGGAGACGAUCCCCCCGAUAGGAGAAAGGAGGCGUGGGACGAUCGUGACUCCUCUUCCUCCCUGGCAGGGUCAUCUCGACGCAGCAAAGAUCGGGAAGGCGACAAGAGCGAGAAGAAAUCUGGCGGCUUAUUUGCCGCCUUCUUCAAAGGAAACAGUAAAGAAGACUCCAAGAAACUGGACAGGGAGUCUUUUUUAGAUGAUGCCGGCACCCUUGGCGCGGGUGUCGGCUUAGCGACCGCAGCUGCUUCUCUUGCCUCCAGCACGUCUCGCUCCAAUGCCGCCCUUUCCUCUCCCGACUUGCAUUCCGAAGCUCUCAGACAUGUCAAAACGCACACUUCGAGAGCCUUUGAAGAUUUCGAUCUCGAAAUAGCCCCUCGUGUAAUCAAGCCCGCCAUCGAUCCUCAGUAUGGCGACCUGCUUCCUCUUCCCCCGAGUGAGCCAGGUAGCCCAAAGACGACACCUGAAGACCUACCUAGCUUGCCAGAUAGUCGCCCUGACACUCCGCCGGAAGAACGAGCUCGCAAACACGACUGGUUGUCUCAUCGUCGACGCAGGAGUGCCCAGGAAGCACAUGCCAAAUCACCCAGCAGCACUGCCAUCCCCAUUUCCCUCCGUAUCGGGCAACGACAUAGUUUCCCCCCAAGCUCACCAAACAAUAAUCGAUCAUCCCCGGGAGGAUCGCCUGUGGCAACACCUGAGUCCUCACGUCGAUCUGCCCGCAUCUCGUGGGAUAGUAGCAGAGAAUUCAAGCCGCUUUAUCUUCUGGAACACUCUCGUCAAGGCUCCGCUGACAAUAUCCCCUUGAUUGAUCUGCCAGCCCUUCCCCCAAGUGAACCCAGCGAGCCAUCUUCGAGAGAUUCACCUGCCCCUGGUUUCGAAUCAAGCACGCCCGAUGAUGCGAUUGACAGAGCUAUUAGCCUCGGUGAUAUUGCCGGCAUUGACCUUCGUAUCGAUACGAGGCUGGCGUCUGCCGCCCCAGUCCAAGAUAUUGCAGGCUCUCAAGAGACGACACCAAAGGCCACGACGAAGCCAGAACUGCCGCCUCUGACCCCAGGCAAGGAUUCACCAGAACUUUUGACCUCUACCGAAAGUGACACUGCACCUGCCAGCACAACAUCCGAGGACGGAAGCUGCUAUUUGCCCGGCUCUGCGCCGUUCAUCACCACACCGACCGAAAAUCUCACAGCUGGGAGCAUACUACCUGAUAUCCCGGAAGAUCUGACAUCUGCUGACGAACAUUUCUCCGAUGCCUUGGAAGGGCCGAAUUCAGAUACGUUCGAAGAGGCCCGCGAUUGGUUUGACGAUGCCAUUUCAUCCAAUCCAGUUGUCCAAAGCACGGAUAUUGUCGAGACAGCCGACCAGCCAGUGCCGGUGAUCGAAAGCUCCCCAACUGCAGCAGAAUUCUCACUUACAGAGGGCAAGGCCAUAAUGAAAGAGGAAGAGGGCAAAGAGGAGACUCGUUCUUCUGAAAAAGACGGGGGAGAGACGUCAAAGACAAUGUUGGGUAUAGAGUGCACCGUUCCCCGUGGUGUCGAAACAGGUUCCUUACCAUGUACAGAUGAGAAUGAACUCCAUGGUGAUGCUAAUGCUGGUGUAUCACACCAAGUUAGCGACACUACCGAUCCGGCUCCUGAGGGAGUGGGAAUAGCGGCGACUGGACAGUUGCCAGAGGUGGUGACCAACACGACCACCCAAGACGCUGCGAAUGUAUUAUCUACGGUGACUACUUCGAGGAAUGCGGAACACUCUGGCCAACAAGCUGCUCACGACGCAACCCCAAAUGCGGAUGGUAGUGAAGCGUCGUUCAAGAAGAGCAAGAAGAAGAAAAAGACGUCAAAGAAUGUUUUAUCCCUGGGAGGGCAGGAGUCGUCUCAGAGUGUUGAGACUAGCACUCAGUCCGAAGCAGAUGCCACCCUGGCUAUUGCCAAGGAUCCCCAGCCUUGCGACAAGGAUAGUUUUGCAGAGGGAGCAGUCGAUCAGGCUACUACCAUUAAAUUGGAUACCGUUGAACAGGAGCCCCAGCCUACACUGCAUCCCGUCGAGGAAGUUGUCUCUGCCGUUGCGGACGACUCUCGGUCGUUGACACCUCUUUCAAAGAAACAAAAGAAAAAACAGAAGAGAAAUAAGAGUCUCCCAAUGGACGAAUCCUUGGAGACUGCCCAACAGCCAGACGAUCCAGCACCUCUCGAGCCUGAGCAAUCUCCAAGCACGCAGAUAGAACCUAUUACAGUGUCUGAGCCGAAAUGUCCUCCAACUGAGAAGGCUCCUGAAGCUUCUAGGCCUGAUCUUGCGACUGAAUCAUCAGCGAGCCAUACAGAAAGGGGGGAGAGCUUGCAGACUGAGAAGCUUCCUUUAGAAGACAGUACCACUGACCCUGUUGAAUGUGCUGAGCCGUAUCUCAAACUGGAUGAGAAAGUGGCGAUCGAGCCUUCGAUUGGCCAACAGCCUGCAGAAAGCCAAGAGCUUGCUAUUGCUGAAGAAAUUCCUACUACCGAGCAGCCAGCGCUAUCCCACCAAGAACCUACGGGACCUGUAAUGGCUGGCGAAACAGAGUUUUGCGAAGCAAAGACGAGCAAGAAGAAAAAGAGAAGAGGCAAGCAGGUCAAUGACGCAGUUUCGUCUCCAAAAACACUAGAAAGCACGGCGGCCAUGGAGGAGAAACCUCCUGUGUCAAAGGAGUGCGCUGGUGACCAGCCUACUCCAGCUUCUCAAGCGUCCUACGACUCGGAAGUCGCUGGUAAAGCAGAGAUAGUGUCCGCAACGACAGAUGAGGAGAAAAGCCAAGAGAACGAGCAGCCUGAUGAUGCCUGCAAAGUGCAACAGGACGGGGAAGUACCUGUGAUUACCGAUUCCUACCCUCCGGAGGAGCAUGCUCCCGUCAACGAAAACUCACUUGCACCGCAGGGAAUACCAGCGGUAGAUUCUGCGUCCGCCUCAAAACUGACAGACAAGGCAUUGAGUGGCUCUGCCGCCGAGGAUGGGCAACCGACCAUUACUACCACAUCGGCGCAGCUCGCCGCCGACGAGCCAUCUACUUCUGCCACGUCAACCGCUACUUUGGAAAAGCCUGAGGAAUCGACCCAAACGAGUCUUUCACCGCUGUCUUGGAAGAGCAAGAAGAAUAAGAAGACUAAGAAGAAGUCGCCCCAGUCAGACGACGCCUCGCCAACAAACUCACCAACUGCCCCUCCUACUCCUGAAAGCCAGCUCCCGACUGCAGAGUCGGGUGCCGACAGACUGGGUGAUGCCGACGUUGUGUCAAGUGAAGCGGGCUCGGUUGCGCCGGCAACGGGGCAUACUGAGCUCGAUGAAGCUACGUCUACCUCUGGCAAGAAGGCGAAAAAGAAGAAGUACUUUUACAAGAAGAAGUCUGUCCAGUGGCAAGGCACCAUCCCUGAGCCCGGUUCCGUAGCGACUGAUUCCUCCGUGCCCACUGUUGAUGCUCCUGAAGAAGCUGAUGCGGCAGGAAAUGCGGUCGAAGAAAAUGCUGAGGAGCCCCAGGAACAAGAGCAGCAGCGGUCGGUGGACAGCGAGAUAUCUGAAGCUCUUUUCUCGCAGGACGACGCUGCAAUCAAACCAGCUCAAGAGGAAGGUACAAGUGGCAAGCCUCCGCAAACCCAGGAACAUGUUUCGCAAGAGCCCCCUGUCGAUCUUGCGUUGACAGAACCUAGCACUUCUCAGGAGGACGAUAAGAGGAAUAACCAAAUUAACGCUGGGGAUCUCUUGAAGGAGAAUGUCAUUGGAGAUCACGCAACUGAGCCUCCCAAAGCUGAACCCGUUGAUGAUGCAUUAGAGAUUCCAGCCGCUGAGGCUUCGCAUGUCGUGGCUCACGCUAUGCAAACCAUUCCUGAUAUCGACACUGUCAAGACGAGUUGUGAUGAUGAAAGGGAGCAAGAUGGGACCACGACUCCGAGCGGCAAAAAAUCCAAGAAAAAGAAACAGAGCAACAAGUCGACACCAACCAGCGAACCACAAGCUGUUCCAGAGACUUCAGCGGACCCAAUAGAGGCAAUCCCGUCCAGCAAAGAACUCCCAGGUGAAGAUGACCAUAGUUGUACCCUGGACGAAGACAAACCCCCAUCGCAAUCGACGUCCAAUGAAGAGGGGUCACAAGCCGCUGGUAAAAAGAAGAAAAAGAAGAAGCGCCAAAGCCUGACUGCUGGCUCGACUGCAGAAGAGAAGGGUAGUAGCGAGCUUCUUGCCGAGGCCAAAAAUAAUGAAGUGGAUACUCAACAUACAGGCCUGGUUCCCGCCGAUGAUGAAGGCCCACAGGCGUCUGGCAAGGAAAAGAAUAAAAAGCGACAGAGUCUGGGCAUAGAUUAUCCCCAAGAAGAGAUGCCAAGGUCAAACGUCGAUGCAGAGACUAUAACUGCUGUCAAACCCGAAACGACUGUUAGUGUCGCCGCAGUUGCUCAAGAGCAGGAAUUAGAAACUUCCAAGCAGAAAGGGAAAGGCAAGACGGACUCUCUUUCUCAGGAAAGCCACGAGAUAGAAACGCCGGUUUCAUCCGACUUUGAGCAUCCCAACACGGCAGUUCCCUCUUUUGACAAGACAAAAGCUACCUGCGAGAACGUCCACUCUGAUGAGCCUUCGGUCAGUGUAGACGAACCUGUUACUCUAACCGCCGUCACCAACCCAGAUGAACCGAAAGGCGAGGGUUCUUCUGCAGAACAUGGCGCAACGGCAACUUUGUUGCAUGUCGACAACGUGGUUAAAACCACGGAGAGCUUGAUACCUGAUGAAGCACUACCUGCUAGCGAAUCUCGUACGGAAGACGCAUCUGCCACAAAAACUAGGAAGCUGUCAAAGAAAGAGAAAAAGAAGAGAAAACAGCAAGGAAUUUCGGAAGACUCGGUACAAGAAUUGCGACCUGAACAUUUGCAGGACAGCAAGACAAAAGACGUUGACACUCCCAGCGCACAACUUCCUGCUACAGAAGCAACUGCCGAGGAGGGAGCAAUUAGUGGCCUACCUCGAGAAUCAACCAUCAGUAAUGUCUCGAAUUUUAUCGAUGCCAAUGAGGAAAGUCUGGGUCGUGGUCUCAAUGUGGAUGAAUCCAAGAAUGACGAAAGCGGCAAAACCAAAGACGAAGAGCUCGAGGAGAUAUGCCAGCCCAAGGCAGAUCUCGCGACCGAGUUUGCGGCUGAUUCGGCCCAGGUGACACCGAAGGAGGCCGCUAGAAAGGACGAAACUACCGCGGAUGCCUCGGAGCCCGCAACAUCUGUCGAGAUGCAGCAGAGCGGCGACACGCACGAAAUGGAUAAAGAGACACUGGCGGAGGGCAAGAACGUCGCAGAAGCGGGUGCUGUGAGCUCAAACUCUGCUGAGGAGACGCAAGUCUCGGAGGAGCUUGAGACAACCAAGGCGGGCGAAGCUACUGAGGAUUCAUGGAGUGGUACAAUGUCAAAGAAAGACAAGAAGAAGAAGAACAAGAAAGCCAAGCAGGGUUCUGAGUACCAUGACUUCCCCAAACAGUCUACUUCCAGUCAGGAAGCCGAAAUCUCUCAACCCGCUGAUGCACGACCAGAGGACGAAAAAGCCGAACCCCUGGACCCUGCAGUUGUAGCGGAGAUUGUUACCGACACUGAAAUGAGUGAUGCGUUACAGCGUGAUGUGACUUCCCAGACACAGGAUACGCCGACUACAGCUGUGCAAGAGAAACCUGACGACUUCAGCGACGCUGUCGUCGCCGCGACUCAAGCCCUUCCGCAACAACCUGGACUAGGAGAAAGUUCUCCCUCACCCGCUUCAGAAGAGCUGCGCGUCAUUCAACGAUCGCCUGUCGCGCCAAGCGGCCGCUCUGAUAUGCCAGCGGCCGAGGACCAGCCAGCAGGAGAUGAAGGGCCGCUGCCAGAUCACUUUGCUUUAGAUGAUGGUGCGAUUCAGCCCGAGGUUCCGCAGUCUUCCGCCGAACUGGGAGCAGAACCUACGUGUGUUGACGAAGACCAACAAUCACGACCCAUCCCCAACAUCGGCGAGGAAAUUUUCGAUAUAGUUGCUUCCAAGCCCGAGCUGCAGAACCUGCAGGACGCUCCAGCAGCACACGGAGGAGUCUACACCUUUUCUACAAUGGCAGGCCCAUCUGUCGACGAAAGCCUCACCCGUCAACCGGGACACGGUGACCCAGCAGAAGAUGCUGGUGAAAGCUUGCCUCGGAACGAGCUGUCCCAGGGGGAUCAGUCAAACAGUGCUGGGGACUCUGAAGAGCCCAUAAAUGCAGAAUUUGCCGACGACCAGACUGCUGCUGCCCCGGAAGCUGGUUUGGAAACUUGCAUGAUAUAUGACACUCCAGAGCAGCCAGUUAUUGCUGGAGCCGACUCUGCUGAGCUGGACGCGGGGCAGGCUGAGCAAGAAUCUGAAAAGGACAAGGCUGAAGCUGACAAAGUCGACCUCUCUUCCACGGUUUCGGUUUCGGUUUCGGUUGCUCCUGCUGCUGCUGCUGCUGGCGCUUCCUCUGUGGUUGAGCACGAGUCAACCACAGUUCCCGAGGGCGAGCACAAACAGCAUGAUGAAAAUCAAGAGCUUGGUCAGGUUCAACAGAAAAGCUCCUGGGCUGAGGAAAUGGAAUAUGCGGCGCUCAUUCCUUCUGAUGAACCAGACGCUGCGAUCAUCAGGGUGCCCGAGCACGAUGAGGGCGAUACUGCAUUUUCCGCAUCCGAAGAGGCACACCAAGGGGAAACGGGGAAGGGCAAAGAGCUGCCCAGUGAUAAGGGCCCAGGCGAGGAGCAAGCUGCAGUCGCUGAGACGUCGUUGCGACAGAUUAGCCAACACCUGACCGAAACCAUGGUUGAAGCAGCUGAGGCGACGGAGGCGAAGGGCGCCGACCAGAGUGAGGAGCAAACAGCAGCUACUGAAAUACCGCCAGGAGAGGGUAUGCCACUUGUAUCCGAGUCUACCGUUGAAGCAGCUGCCGAGGCGACAGAAGCUGUAAAUAUCGACCAGAAUGAGGAGCAAACUGCAGCUACUGAAAUACCGCCAGUAGAGGCUAUUCGACGUGCGUCUGAGCCCCCCCUUGAAGCAGCUGUCGAGGCGACAGAAGAAAGUGAACAACAAACAGCUAUCGAGAUACCAUUGGAAGGGGUUCCCCAGCAGAUAUCUGACUCUACCCCAGAAGUUGCUCUUGGGGCAAGGGAAGGCAGCAACCCUGAACAAGGUGGGGAGCAUACAGUAGCUCCUGAGAUAUCACUCGAAGAGAUUGCUCAACAGACUUCCAAAUAUAUCGUUGACUUGGCUCCCGAGGUGAUGGAAACCGGAAGCAUGUCGCAGCAAGUCGAACCGCUAAGAGCUGUUGAUACCGACGAUGAAAAGACUCUACCUACGAAGAAGAAGAAGGGCAAAAAGGCCAAAAAAGCCAAGUCAAGCAGCGCAACAACAGCGCGAGCGGAACCAAACACCGUCGCCGAACUUGACGUAACCAACUUUCCCUCGGAAGCCCUAGACUCACUUGCUGCGGUAGAGGCUGCUGAGCCAAUUCUCUCAGGACCUGACAAUCCAGCCACUCUCAGUGCCGAGCAGGGAUUGGUUGUUUCUUCGGAGAAAAGGGGGAAGAAGAACAAGAAGAGCAAGAAGAGCAAAUUAGGUAGUGAUGUAGCGAGUCCCGUGAAGGCAUGCAUAGAGCCGGGAGAGCAGCAGGCCCAACUGGAACCGGCUAUGGACAGAGAAGACCAGGGCGCUAGCUCAGCGCCAUCACUCGAGGACGAGCUGCUCAUGCAGCCACCGGCCGAGCCACAAGAAGCAUCCAGUACAUCAGAAACGACCUGCCUGCCACCACUUGUUGAGAGCAACAUUGGCCACGAGAGCCGAGACUAUUCCGACAAGGAUGGGCAAGGGGGGGACCACGACAAAGAUGAGAGCGGCUUACGUGCUCCAACUGCACCAUAUGAACCAGCAGGCGAGAUGGCCGAGGGCAAGGGAUCCCAAAAUGAGGAAACCACAGAAGCUCUACCAGAACUUCAACCCGACGCAAUGUCACUCUGGGAAACCGCUGCCGCUCCUGAGCUGGUCAAUACGGAAGCAGACUGCGUUGUGGACAGGACAACGGAGGUUAGAGUCGACAAGUUCUCGGAACCAUCACUGUCCGCUCUUUCGGGUGAUGGGCAUCCGGUCCCAGACGCGAAGACAGAGGCACAGAUGGAGAUGGAACGUACAAGCAAUCGCCCCGUGUCUAAUGUGGCGGUAACAACCUUUCUAGAAGGACCUGAUGAUUCUGCAGACUUACCCACGGAUGACACACCAGCACCUGGAUCUGCCUCGGGCCCUACAGUGAAAGCAGACAUUCCCCACGAGGUAGAGGCCGCUACUUUGGCAGAAGUUGCUUUGCAGAAGAAGCCCAAAUCUAGUCUAACCGUGGCGCUCGAACCCUCACCUACCGAACCUACUACGAUGACAGAGCCUGAGCCGUGUCCCAUGGCGGCUUCUCUGGCAGAAGAAGAGGCCCAAUAUGAACAGGGAGAAGAUAUUUCUGUUCUCAAGGCCAAGGAGAAUAAGAACCGGAAAAUUACAGAUCCCGCGAUGGUGCUAGCGCAAGAAGUCGAGGGCACUGAAACCAUGGAGACGACUAAUACAAAGAAGGACGCGGUGAACCCGGAUCAUUCAAACAGACAAGACGGCAUCUUGGCUGUAGGGCAUAUUGAAAAGAAUGAGCCCAUUGGACAAUCGGUUAUUCUUCUGGCGGAGAAAUUCGGCGGUGGGAGGAAAAAGAGAACAAAGGGAAAGCAGAGGAAUAUUUUGGAUAAGAGGCAACCUGAGGAGGACGAUCUCUUUGAUGAUCUCGUUUUGUGGGAGGGAGCCGACAAGAAGGUAGUUGAUGACCGAAACGACGCUGACUUGCAGAAAGGUUUCUGGGAAGGAGAGGGAAGGGGGAAUGAAAACAUGGAAGUGAGAGGGGGUGAAGAGCAAAGGGAAGCCGAAGGAGAAGAAAAGGCCAAGAUGGGACUGGAUGAGGAUAUGGAGAAAGGGGCAGUUUGGGUGGAGGAAAAGGAUCAGAUGGAACUGGAAGGAGACGAGAAGAAGAGGGAUGACGAAGGGCAAGAACCCGAGAAGAUGCAAGCGACAAAGGACGAGGAAGAGGGAUGGGUGGGGGCGGAAGAAAACGACAAGAUGGAGAUCAAAGCGGAAGAGGGAAACGAAGACGAGAAGUCGGAGUUGAGAAAGGACGGGGGAAAAGCGACAAGCGAAGGUGCAGCGGAAGCCAAGGAGGCACUCCAAGUGUCUCUAAGCGGAAGCCUGACAGAGUCCGACGGCGGCUGGAAAGAAACGGCUGGUCAAGGAGUGCCCCUCGAUGAUGAGAUUGCAGAGAGUCCUGUGCUGGGCCGCGGCGACUCUGGUGAGGCGACUCCCACGACGUCAACGGAGCCGAAGGGCCUCCUACGUCGGCCAUCAGGGUUGGAAGAGCCGGUCGGGGGACUCUUCAAGGAGAUGGAGCUUGUCGAACCGCAAACGACAACACGCCACCCCGGGUCGGACUCGGAUGUCGGGCGAUCCCCCACGAGAGGCUUGCCGCCAGUGCAAGAAGUCCCAGAGACAGAGGCAGAAGCAGUCGCAUCCGAGUGCAACUGGCCGACACCCGAGAUGAACCGCGACAGCGGCUUUGCCCCCGACUUGGCGGAUGCACAGCCGCCGCAGGAUGCAACCACCAAGGACGAGCAACAACGAGACAGCGGCGUUCAUACCGACGACUACAGGGACAGCAAGAUUCACAGCCCGGAUCCAUCGACGGAAAAGGACCCCCAACGCCGGGGCCUGGCAACUCCUGUGCUGCGCAAACCGGAGCUCUCGGCGACCACCCCAGAGCCCGAGAAGAAGGUCAAGGGCGGAAGGGGCGCCAAGUCGAAAAAGGGCUAUGGAGAAGUCGGGGCGAUGGGAGGCACGGCCGCCAUUGCGGGAUUUGCUGCGGCUGGCGCAGGGACAGCCAAGGAUUCGCGAGGGUCGGGAGAUGUCCAAGACGCCAGAGGUCGACGGAGUACAAGCGACAGCCCCUACGACUACAGACAUAGACAUGGAAGCCAGACGGCGGCGGCAGCGGGAGCGGCGGCGGGAGCGGCGUCGGGGGCGGCGUCGGCAGGUGGGACCAGCCGUGCUGCGCGGGCCGAGACUCCGGUUGCGCGCCGGACCGCGUCCAACACCAGCCUCAGCCGGCAGCGCGCCGCGCUUGAGCCGCCGAGGUUGCGUCCUGAAAGUCCAGGCACCAGCAGCGUGGCUCGCCCCACCCCAACCCCAACCCCGACCCCCCCACUGCGGCGCAUCGAUAAGCGCAUGAGUGGCGACCUUCGAGCUCUUCGUCAGCAACGCAGCAGCAAUCCGCUGACGCCGACGCCAACGCCGUCGCAGUCGCAGUCGCAGUCGCAGUCGCAGUCGCAGUCGCAGUCGCAGUCGCAGUCCCAGUCACAGAUAAUACCGCCGCCCGCCGCCCCCCUCGCCAACGAGAGCCGUGUCCGCGCCAAGGGCGACGACAAGGACAUGGCCGACGUCUACGAUGGCUACGGCGAGGGGCGCAUUGGCUCGCCCCGGUCGCCCACGCGCCCACACAGCAUGCGCCGUCGUCAAAGCAUGCAAGUCCUCGAGCUCGAGUCCAGGGUCGAUCAGCUCAUCGCCGAGAACCGCCUGCUCAACGAGGCCCGCGUGCGAGCCGAGCAAAACGUGAACCACAAGGCCCUCGGCGUCUUGUCCGAGCGCGAUGCCGAGAUUGAGGCCCUCAAGCAGUCCCUGCACUUCCUGCAGAACGAAGCCGCUCGCUUGGCCGAGGUCAACGAGGGCCUCGCCAGCGCCAACGCCGAGCUGGCCAGCAAAGACAGCGGCCGCCACGCCGACUUGGCCCGCGAGCUCGGCGAGGCUCGCGGCGCCCACGCCACCCUGACAAGGUCGCUCCAAGACAAGGACGCCGAGAUUGCGGACCUGCGGGCUCGGCUCGACGAGGCCAAGGAGCAGAUCCGCCUGAUGCAGCGAAAGAUCCUCGAAGCCAAGGCCGCCAACUCGCAUUUUCUCAAUCUCAAGGACGAGGACUACUUCGACCACCGAUGCCAGCAGCUCUGCUCGCACGUGCAGCAGUGGGUGCUGCGCUUCUCCAAGUUUUCCGACAUGCGCGCCUGCCGCCUCACGAGCGAGAUCAACGACGAAAAGACGAUUGACCGCCUGGACAACGCCGUCCUGGACGGGUCCGACGUCGACGCGUACCUCAGGGACCGCGUCAAGCGUCGGGACAUCUUCAUGUCCAUGACCAUGAACAUGAUUUGGGAAUUCGUCUUCACCAGGUACCUGUUUGGCAUGGACCGAGAGCAGCGGCAAAAGCUCAAGUCGCUCGAGAAGCUGCUGACGGAAGUCGGCCCGGCUCAGGCUGUCCGUCAGUGGCGGGCAGUGACGCUCACCCUCCUCUCCAAAAGAGACGGCUUCAGAGACCAGCGGGAUCUCGAUACCGAGGCCGUCGUGCAAGCCGUGUUCCAGACCCUCUGCAAGAUCCUGCCCCCUCCCUCCAACUUGGAAGGCCAGAUCCAGUCGCAGCUGCGCAGGGUCAUGCGCGAGGCGGUCGACUUGUCCAUUGAGAUGCGGACGCAACGAGCAGAGUACAUGAUGCUCCCGCCCCUGCAGCCCAAGUACGAUGCCAAGGGCGAGCUGGCUGCAACCGUGUCUUUUGAAGCCGCCAUGAUGAACGAACGAAGCGGCCAUGUUGGCGCGACAAACGAGGAGCUCGAGGCUCGUCAAGCCGUCGUCAGGGUCGUCCUCUUUCCUCUCGUUGUCAAGCGAGGGGAUGACGACGGUGUUGGGGAAGACAAAAUUGUCGUUUGUCCCGCACAAGUCUUGGUCGUCUCCGAUGACCGACACCGUCGAGGGGCUGCCCUAUCUAGCGACGCUGGCGGCGCAUCUCUCGGCGCUCCAAGCCACAUCAGUGUGGUGACGGAAUCGACGGGGCAACCGGAAGCUCAGUACUUGGAAGGCGGCAUCUAG